GCCCCCGCGCCCCGCCGACGGGAGCCCGGGCCCGCACGGAGAGUGCGCACGCGGCGCCCACCGUUUGCGACGGGCCGGAAAGCAGCGACCGCAGCCAGCGCCGGGCCGAGCCGGGCCGCUAUGGGGAAAAUCGCGCUGCAGCUCAAAGCCACGCUGGAGAACGUCACUAACCUCCGGCCUGUGGGGGAGGACUUCCGGUGGUACCUGAAGAUGAAAUGUGGCAACUGUGGUGAGAUUUCAGAGAAGUGGCAAUACAUUCGGCUGAUGGACAGUGUGGCACUGAAGGGAGGCCGUGGCAGCGCCUCCAUGGUCCAGAAGUGCAAGCUGUGCUCGAGGGAAAACUCCAUUGAGAUUCUGAGCAGCACCAUCAAAUCUUACAAUGUUGAAGACAAUGAGAAGUUCAAGACGAUAGUAGAGUUUGAGUGCCGGGGCCUUGAACCAGUUGAUUUCCAGCCCCAGGCUGGGUUUGCUGCUGAGGGUGUAGAAUCGAGGACCAUCUUCAGUGACAUUAAUCUGCAGGAGAAGGACUGGACUGACUAUGACGAAAAGGCCCAGGAGUCUGUGGGAAUUUACGAGGUCACCCACCAGUUUGUGAAGUGCUGAGCCCUCUUCCUGCACACUUGCCUCUAAGAACUGAGAAGGGACAACCAAGCAGCAGAGCCCACUGAGGCUGGCCCCACAUCCCUUGUCUCCUGGCAGCUGUCCAAGCCCUCACAGUCUGCAUGCUGGGCUGUCACAGCUUCCCAGGCCCCACCAAUAAAGCCCAUUUGUGCUGUA